AUGGACUUACCGAAUCAUGCGGAAAAGGAAAACGAUCAACUAAUCGCGCUAGCCAAUGAAAUCAAUUUAGAAAACAUCGGAAAUCAAACUGCCCCAAAGAAAAGUAGAAGUCGGGGUUAUACGGAUGCAAAAAAGAAGCGUACAAAAACGUCGCCAUAUCAACUAGAAGUGCUUCAAAGUACCUUUGAAACGGACCCCAUGCCCUCCACAGGCAUUCGCGCGGCAUUGGCUCUUCAUUUGGGAAUGACAUCUAGAUCUGUCCAAGUCUGGUUUCAAAAUAGAAGAGCAAAAGGCAAACACGAUCGGCAUAAACGUCAUUCUGAUUCGGCAAAUUACUUGAGUUUCUUUGCAGACCAAGUGCAAAGUAAUUCUCAAGAAUCAGCUCCGUCUUCAUUGUCAACAUUGCAGUUUUACCAGAGCCACUCACCUUGCUAUGACCUCAACACCACACCUGAAGAGUACAAAAGCUAUUUAUUGAAAAAUUCGGAAUUUUUUGUUCAAGAAUUCAGAUAUCACCAUGAAACGGGAGAUAUAGAUGCCCGGAAUAUAAACCCAGUUGACAGAAAAAGACCGAAAAAAUACGAUGCAAUGGAUUUCUCGCUCCCAAUGAACAACUCCAAAAAUCUACCAUACCCCGCCCCAUUUGAUAUGGAAAGAGAGUUGCGUUAUACGGAGGGCAAGGCAUUAGAUUUUGAUGCCAACAAGUGGUGUGAUCCUUCCAUUUAUUUUGAAAAAGCAUAUCGCACAGCAUCGGAGGUUGGAUAUCCGAACCAUGCGAACAGUAAAGCCGCAUAUUUGCGCCAAUAUCCCCAGAGCGACCAACAGCUUGACGAUUGCCAUUAUUGCGAUAAUUACCACCAAAAUUGCCAAUGCCAGGAAAAUUAUAAUCCCCAUUCACAGCAUUAUGCUUAUCAGCCGCAGGAAAAUAGAUUGAUAUCUCCACCGAUAUCGCCGCCCCAGCCCAACCACGCUUUUAUAAAAAUUAAUAAUUAA